AUGUCUAAAUUUAGAUGGAAAGUCCCCGGAAACGAGCCGCGUCGCUUGGAGUCAGAGCGAGCCAGCAACCAAUCCGCUCCUCGAAAUGUUCACCGCUUCAUCGUCGCCGAAUCUCUGCUCAACUCUCCAGCCGCCUCUCCUCGUCCCCACGACCAUUCAAUCAAUUGGAAUCCAAUCCACAAGCCAUCCACCGAUCACGGUUUAUUUGCCGACCACGGUUUAUUUGCCGACCAUGGUCCUUUU